UGUUGAUACGUUUAGCUACCAGUGCCAAUAAUACAUAUUUAAAAACAAUAACGUUAUGCCUAGCUUUGUUAUUUCGAGCACAGGCAUAUAGCCUAGAGAGGCUACGGCUGGGAAACUCCAGGAACUCUGUACUGUUGUGUUGAAGGAACGAGACGAGCUAAAUUCUUUAUAAACUGCUAYGUUGUAUUAGCUACAACUCUUCUCGCGUUCAUGAGCCAACAUAACAGCAGGUAGGUAUGGUGGCUCCCGUAGGACAUAUAAGGGCGAGGGGGCCGCUCGUUCCCCGUGGUAUAGAGAAGGAUGAAUGCCGCUCUGUUCCAGCCUAACUGAGAACGAGGGAGCAACAGAGGAAGAGGAGGAAGAGGUGGAAAGAGGAGAGGAAGAAGUAAAGAAGAAGAUAUUGAGAUCUGUACUCUUGACAGGGAUCACCUCCUCUUCACCUCCGGACAAAAAUUUCUCUCUGUUUGUCUCUCUCUCUCUCUCUCUCCUCUCGUUUUUCCUCCAUCACCGACAUCGUUCACUGCAGCGGCUCUACCUCUCCUAGACUUUGAGCCGUGAAGGGCUCUAACACACAACACACACACACACACACACACACACACAACACACACACACACACACACACACACACACACACACACAACACACGUUUGGUCUGUGUCCUGUUGAUCUGCUGAUGCUGGUUAGCCUGCCUGCCUGCCUGCUCGCUCCUUCCCAAUCGCCAGAUCAUGAAGAGGCCCAAGCAGCAGACUCAUCCCCUCAGCUUCCUCUCUUUCUUCAGCCGGAAGCCUAAAUCCGACCCCAGGCUUGAGAGGCCUGCUGGGGCCCACAACAAGGAGGAGGUCUCCAUCACUCUCACACCCAGCGAACAUGCAGACCAGGACCAGAACAUCACAGCCGAAGAGGGCGGGAUCGAGCAAGGCGACUURGAGGUGGCAUCGUCAGGGGUGACGGGUGACGACCCUGGCGCUGCGGUGGAGGCGGAAUGCUGCGGGGGCGGAGCCAACAGCUCUUCCACAGGUGUCCUAUCCCUCUCCUCUUCCAGCCAGGACCAGCUAUUGGACGAUCACCACUUGGAGGAGUGUCCUUUAUGCCUCCUGAGCCAACCACGAUGCCGGUUCCCUCGCCUUUCUUCCUGUUCCCACCGGGCCUGCUAUGACUGCCUGAGACAGUACCUGAAGAUCGAAAUCUCAGAGAGCAGGGUGGGCAUCGCCUGUCCGCAGUGCCCCGAGGCGUUUGCGCCUCAAGAUGUGCGCGCCAUCCUGGAUGACCUGACGCUGCUGGAGAGAUUCGAAGAGUACCAGCUGAGACGGUUUCUGGCAGCCGACCCGGACACACGCUGGUGUCCUGCACCCGACUGCAGGUGGCUGCACACAGAGUUCUGCUACCACUGUCGGCAGCUGUGGCACCCCGACCAGACGUGUGACCCUCGACGCCAGCGAGCACGCCACACUUCCGGGGAAAGAUGCCUCCACACUAUACGUCUUCAACGAGAGAAGCCUGGAGGAGAGUCAGAGGAGAUCAAGGCGUGUCCUCGUUGUGGGGCCUACAUCAUGAAGACCAACGACGGCAGCUGUAACCGGAUGAACUGUACCGUGUGCGCCUGCCAGUUCUGCUGGCUGUGUAUGCAAGAGAUCACCGACGUGCACUACCUCAGUCCCUCAGGUUGUACGUUCUGGGGGAAGAAGCCGUGGUCUCAGACCCGGAAGGUGCUGUGGCAGGUGGGCAUGCUGCUCGGCGCCCCAGUAAUCAUCUCUCUCAUCGCUGGCAUCGCCAUCCCCGUCAUCAUAGUGGGCAUUCCCAUUUACAUGGGCCGCAAGGUCCACGGUCGCUGUAAGAAGAACAAUAUCUCAGGUAGUAAACAUUACCUAACGGUGGCCAGUGGCGUCAUGAUGUCCGUGUUCGUGUCGCCUGUCAUAGCUGCUGUCACUGUGGGGGUGGGCGUCCCGUUGAUGUUGACGUACGUCUACGGGGUCGUCCCCAUGUCGCUCUGUCGGAACGGAUGGUGCCGGCCGCAGAACGAGCCCCCAGAAACACACAAGAUACAACUGGAAGACCUAGCCAGCUAUCUUCUAUUCUCUCAUGUAGUCAGCGACCACUGGCCGGGGCCGGGCCCAAGAGGCCAGACCAACCCCGCCCUCAGCGACACCAGCGUCCAGGAAGUCCUACAAGAUGUUAGGGUCAGCGUACAGGAAGUUGGCGUGCUCCCCAGCACCAGCAGUGCUGCCACGCCCCCGGAACCAGAUGCAUGCACAGGAUUGGACAAGCAUCAGAUGCGUCAUGUUUAUACGCAGCAGGACAGCCAAUCAGACUGCGAAGGGGCUGGGGGUGCUGGGAUGCAGGAUAAUACACAGACAUUCUCCUUGCGGGAGGGAACGAACAUUGAGGUGCGUGUAGAGAUCGAGGCCCAUCCACGAGGCGCACGUCAGUCCAGCCUCAGUAGCAUCCUGUCCAGUCGCAGCCUAUCAGCUGAGUCCCUGGGUCGAGCGCACUCAGUAGGCCGCGCCCACUCGCAAGAUCACCUGGGCCACGCCCACUCCCAGGAACAUCUGUGUGCCUCUGAACAUGAAGAAGAGAGCGGAGAAAAGGAAAGAGGAGGAAGAGAGGGAGAAAGCAGGGACCACCUGCAUGUUUUUGAGACGGACAAUGUCUGAGCUCCGCCUACUAUUUAGGCCACACCCUGUUUCCACUACAGGCUCCUCCCACCAGCUGUCUUCCUGCUCCACCGUCUAAGAGUCUGGGACAUGGAGAGAGAGAAAAGGAGAGCGAGAGAGAGGAGGGAGAGAUGGAAAAGGUGUGUUUGUGAAAAAUAGACAAAAUAAAGAGGGCCGCUUGCCAACACAGAUGCAUCAAAACAAACCAGAAAUGACUGAAAGCAUGUUGAUUGACUAGUUUUGUGGGUGUUAGCCUCACUUUACUGUGUCCUUUCAGAAGAGACUGCCCCCCC